GUGGCGACUGGUGAAUGUCUGGGUGAUUUUGUGCUCGUGAUACAGUUGACAUCAGAAAUAUAUUUUAAAUAAAUAAUUGUCUCCAUCGAGAGCUCGCCACUAGUCUUCACAUUAGACUUAUCAUUAUUCAUUAAUCAUCACCAAACGGUAAUAAAUAACAAUCGAUAAUUCUCGUUGUUAGCAUCAUAACCUACAGUUUGUCAGAUUUCCCUGAUUUUCUGGAGAUCAGAAAAAAUGAUUCACCAGAAAUUGGUUGGCAUUGGCAUGCUGAUUGGUCUUGCAAUGGUUUUUAUUUUUUCCAUUCAUCGAAUCGAGGAGGGCCACGUGGGUGUCUACUUCAGGGGUGGAGCUUUGUUGCCUAGUGUCAGCAAUCCUGGAUUCCACAUGAUGAUUCCUCUCCUCACGACCUUCCGCUCGGUCCAGGUCACCCUCCAGACGGACGAAGUGAAAAAUGUACCCUGUGGAACGAGCGGUGGAGUUAUGAUUUAUUUUGAUCGAAUUGAAGUUGUCAAUAUCCUUAAUCCCAGUGCUGUUUAUAAUAUGGUGAAGAAUUUCACUGCGGAUUACGAUCGUACCCUCAUCUUCAACAAGGUCCACCACGAGCUCAAUCAAUUUUGCUCACUGCACAGCCUCCACGAGGUGUACAUUGAUCUCUUCGAUCAAAUCGACGAGAACCUGAAGACUGCAUUACAGAGGGAAUUGAAUGAACUCGCUCCAGGUCUCAAUAUUCAGGCUGUUCGUGUCACCAAACCAAAAAUUCCAGAGACCAUCAGCAAGAACUACGAGCUGAUGGAAGGCGAGAAAACAAAACUCCUGAUCUCCAUUCAACACCAGAAGGUCGUGGAGAAAGACGCAGAGACUGAUCGUAAAAAAGCGAUAAUCAUGGCGGAGAAGGAGUCCCAGGUCGCUCAGAUCCAGUACAGCCAGAGGAUAAAGGAGAAGGAAUCCCUCCAGCGAAUGGCUGCCAUCGAGGACGAGAUGCAUUUGGCCCGUCAGAAGAGUCGCUCUGACGCAAAUCAUUAUCAGAUGCAGAAACAGGCAGAGGCCAAUCGACUUCUAUUAACGAACGAAUUUUUGGAGCUGAAGAAAUACGAAAGCCUGGCUAACAACGCGAAAGUCUACUACGGCCAGGAAAUCCCCAAGAUGUUCGCCAUGGGCUGCUCCAUGGAAUCUGCCCCGCAGACCAGUGUCAAACCGUCGGAGGAGACCAAACAGAGUUAAUCAUCCUCCAUUAUUAGACCCAUUAUUUCAACUCAUUGUGAUAAUUAUCUCGUUUCUCGUCUUGUACUGUGUGAAAUAAUUCAUUAUCAUCCUUCAUCAUUCAUCAUAUUUAAGAAAUAAAUAUUAUUUUGUAUUUUUGAGUAUUUUUGGUGAAUCACAAUUCGAGAUUCGCUGAGCCGAUUAUCCCAAGACAGCAUUCAUUUUCAAAAAAUUUUUUAGAGCUUUGAAAUGAACCCUGAUUUUUUGAAAUCGUAUCGUU